CACCACAUGGAACUGGGAAAUGAUACACAAAUUUCAGGAUUUCUUCUUCUGGGCUUAUCAGAAGAUCCAGAACUGCAGCCUCUCAUAUUUGGACUUUUCCUUUCCAUGUACAUGAUCACUGUGUUUGGAAACCUGCUCAUCAUCCUGGCUAUCAGGUCAGACUCCCACCUCCACACCCCCAUGUACUUCUUCCUCGCCAACCUGUCCUUUGUAGACAUCUGUUUCACCUCCACUACAGUCCCCAAGAUGCUGCAGAACAUCCAGACUCAGAGCCAAGUCAUAACCUAUAGAGGCUGUGUCACUCAGAUAUACUUUUUCCUACUCUUUACUGGAUUGGAUGAUUUUCUCCUGACUGUGAUGGCCUAUGACCGGUUUGUGGCCAUCUGUCACCCCCUACACUACACAGUCGUCAUGAAACCCACCUACUGUGUACUGCUGGUUCUGGUGUCUUGGAUGAUGAGUGCUCUGAAUUCCUUAUUACAAAGUUUAAUGGUGUUGUGGUUGUCUUUCUGCAGAGAGGUGGAAGUCUCCCACUUUUUCUGUGAGAUCAAUCAGGUAGUCCGAAUUGCCUGUUCCAGCACCUUACUUAAUGACAUGAUGAUGUAUUUUGCUGCUGUGUUGCUGGCUGGUGGUCCCCUCGCUGGGAUUAUUUACUCCUAUUCUAAGAUUAUUUCCUCCAUACUUCGUAUCUCAUCAGCUCAAGGCAAGUAUAAAGCAUUUUCCACCUGUGCGUCUCACCUUUCAGUUGUUUCCUUAUUUUAUUGUACACUCUUAGGAGUGUACCUUAGCUCUGCUUCUCCCCAGAGCUCCCACUCAAGUGCAAUAGCCUCGGUGAUGUACACAGUGGUCACACCCAUGCUGAACCCCUUCAUCUACAGCCUGAGAAACAAAGACAUAAAGAGGGCUCUGAAAAGCAUUUUUGGGGUUCCAGUGAUGUAA